GGGCUGGGCUCGUAGAGGAAAGCUGCUGUUUGUUGAACGAGCAGGCUCCUUUCCAUCUUUUGCUUGCUCAUCGUUUGCCUCAGCCCCUCCUAGUAUACCCCCCAGGAAAACAAUUGUCUUUUGUCGCAGUAGCGAAAUGGCCAACUCCUUUUUUGGCUUUGACACAACUCUUCCAGGUAGAGGGGAUCCCAGGGCAUUCCCUCAAUCACGGCGUAAUGAUAGAGAUACCUUUGGAGAAGAGUUGGGAGGAGCUUUGGAAGAUGGAGAUGGAUUUGAGGGUUCGCGGUUAGACGAACUUAUGGAACAGAAAUUUGCUUAUGGGGGCCCGCAAGAUGUCGGAUUGGAGGAAUCAGAGGAAGCUGCCGGCGUCUCAUUGGAGGAUGACAAUGCGGAUUUGAAUGAUGAAACAUUUGGAGCAUCGGCGGCGCCAGAAACAAUUGGGACGGACUUUGACUUCUCGGCCAAUAACGAAUUGAUGAGAGAAAGUGUUCCCUCACAACCAGAUCUAGAUCGUUUGAAUGGGCAAGGUUAUCGAGAUCACCCGCGUGCUUCCAUGUCCUAUCGUAAUGACCAAUGGGAUGAACCAUUACCGGGAGAAAUGUCCAGGAGGCCAUCGCAACUGAGCAGGGAAAAUCUUGCAGAAAUUUGGAACAAACCUCAAAGCGCUAGUUCUGCAACAAUGCGUAGACAACCACCGCCGCAGCCGUAUGACAAUCCCGCAUUAGGGAUACCACAGCGUCCGAUGUCAUUGGAGGAGAUUGAGGCGCAUAUGUUGCGGAAUGCGAGAACUGAGAACCGUCACCUGGAGGAGAUUGAGGCACAGAUGAUGCGCAACGCUAGAGCGCACGGCCAAAUGCACCCGCAAGGGUAUGGUCCAACACAAUCGGGUGUAGAUAGACACAUGAUGAGCUUGGCUGAAGUAGAAGCCGCGUUACGGGCGCAACAUGGACCCAUUCCUCCCCAGCAUAUGCCAGCAAACCUUCACAACGCCAUGACAAUGGGUGGGAUGCGCCCAGCAAGUCCGCGUGGACCGCAGAUGGAACAGGCAGGUCAGAUGCGGUCACAGAGCCCGCGGCCCCAACCAAUGGACCAGGUCGGCGAUGGGGGCUACCAGUAUCGUGGCCAACGGGCUCCUGUGCAGCUUGGGCAUUUCUUCCCUGCUCAGCAUCGUGGACAGUUUGUGCACCAGAAUCGACAAGGAUACCCGCGAAAUGAUUACCAACAGCGGUAUCAAAAUGAUCGUCGAGGGUUCCAGGAUCGCCGUGUGGACAAUCGGCCGCGCGAAGAGCGAUACCGAGGCAUUAUGAAUCAAUAUGAAAAGGAACUCAUCGCCAAGAUACAGAUUUCCCAGCUUGUUACCGAUGAUCCAUAUCGCGAUGAUUUCUAUUAUAAAGUAUACACGUCGCUCACAGCGGCCAAUCAGCAGACGUCAGAUGAUCAGUCAAAAGCGGGCUUGAACUGGCAGCAGUCGCUGCUCAUGGAUCAAACACGGGGUGGCGGAGCAAAUGUCACAAAUCGCAUGCAGCAGCAAAUGCAGCGUUUAAUUGAGGGAAGAAAGCAGAAACCAAAAGGGACCUCCUUGUCAUUGGAGGGCGCAUUGGGAAAGAUCUCAUUGAGUUCGGUUCGAAAUCCCAGACAACUACUGCAAGUAAGCGGACCAAAUUCGACCAAAGAAGCAAAGGAUUUACCUGCCCCGCAAUCUGCGCGCCUCUCAUCAAAGCAAAUCUUGAAACGUAUUGAGGCAGUUUACAGUGACGUGUUAGAGUUGGAAGUUUUGAAGCGAAAGGGCCCAGAAGAGGAUAAUGUUGACGAAUGGAACUCCCAAAUCGAACAAUGCAGACAAAAAAUGUGGGCCGAUCUUGGAGUUGCCGAACCAGUUCCCCUCAACUUCCCGCAUCCUUUCGCUGCUUUCCUUUCAUUUGCAAAAGGCAAGAAGGUUGUACCCCGUGUCUUCCGCUUCUUGAAUCGAGACCAAGGUUUGGCCCUUAUCAGCACACUGCUUUCCCGUCUCGAAAGCAUCGAUGUGUGCAACGCUGCCUCAUCGGAAGAAGUGGACAUUUUCAUGUCAAACGUAGUACCUACCGUGGUCUCCGUUAUCAUGGAGGUUCCUCUGUUUGUUGUCAAUGCAUGUGUGCGGAUACUGUUGGAGCGUCAUAACAUGGUUUGGUUGGCGAGGAGCAAACCCGGGUUGGCAUUCUUGACGAUGUUUUUGAGUCGGGCGGAAAUGUUGAAACAAGGUGGAGGAGUGGCUCAAGGGUUACCGCCAGCAAGCGAGCAAGAGUUGGCCAUGUGGACCGACAUUUACAAUUUCCUGUUUGCAUCUCUCCACAACAACUUUGCAAGCAUUUUCCCGCCUCUUGGACCAAGCGCCACAGCGGCCGAUGAAGUAUAUGUAUGGCAAUUCCUUGCUGCCAUGGCCGUGGGUGCAACCACUGUUGAUCAUCAACGUGUACUGUUGACGGAAGUCAGGGAUAAAGUGUUGGAAACCGCGAGGCGAACGGACGAUGCCAAGGCUUUGGCAAACGUGAACUUGUUCCUGAAUGCCUUGGGAUUAGGCAUUGAUGCCGCGCAAUUGGCCAACAUGUCUCUGUAAAGAAUUAUUUCUACUGCGGCAGCAAGACGGGGCAGCGAGUUUGGACGACGGUUUAGGGUUAGGCCCCAAAUGUUGACGGGCACCAGCGUUUGAUACUUUAUGACUGCGACGGAGGCUGCAUAUUACCUGUUAUUUAUGGGCUACUUUUCUUCGCUGUCUCUUGUGCGAUAGGGGAUUCAUAAGAAAGCUUGAUUUGGGGCGAUUAGCAUGUAGUUUUCCAUAUUGGCGUGUUAGCGCUUUUCGGACUGAAGAAGUCAUUUGGAUGGAUUAUUAAAAAGACUGGUCCUUUGGAAAGUG